GGCGUCAGCAGCAAGGCACUUCAGGCAUGCACAGACCAGCUCGCAUUACCGUUCCAGAAGCUGUUCCAGCUGUCACUGAACAGUGGGAUAAUUCCAGACUUAUGGAAGAAGUCACUGAUUGACCCAAUGCAUAAAAACAAUAGGCCAAAAGAAAAUAACGAUUUACGCCCUGUAGCCCUUUCAUGUACCUAUGAAAUGUUUUGAAAAAAUUAUUCAAAAACUAAUUCUCUGGUCUCUCAUCCCAAUUAGACUCAAAUCAAUUCACCUACCGUGCCUCCAGGGGUGUUGAAGAUGCGUUACUGGUCAUGCUGAACAAUAUCUACGAACAUAUAGAAAAGGCAAAUAGCCCAGUGAAAAUUAUAUUCAUUGACUUCAGUAGCUUAUUUAACACCAUCCAACCCCACCUACUGGUGGAUAAGCUGGUGAAUUUGGGUGUCAAAACUCUACAGAUCAAGUGGAUUAAUAGUUUC